GCGCGGUGACGUCAGGACGGCCGAGCGCGCAUGCGCGCUAGCGGCGCGCGGUUCCUUCGCGGCUCCAGCUGUGGCGGCGGCGGCGGCGCGUCGUUCUCCUCAGCCGUGGCCGGGUGGGGGAGGGGCCCGGGCCGAAGGGUCAGCGGCGUGGCGGCAGAUAGCGACUGGGAUCUGGGAACGCUGUACUUUUAAGAGCAACUUCCAUGGACAAGAGAACAUCUUGCGGCUUUCAGCGGCGAAUGGGGUCUAGAAGGAUUUCUGCCACAAGCUUCACGGGAGAACCAAAGCUGGCUCUUGUGUCCCGGGACCAAGGGCUCUAAUUUUGCAAAGCGCCAGCUUUUCCGCCAAUGCAGGACAAGAGAAGGAGCACACCUCAUUCUUGCAAAGAGACGUUGCGUACUUCCGAAAAUUCAAACAAGACUUCUCCUGCCAGCCUUUGGAGAGCUGUUUCUGGGCACAGCUCUCCCUGCCCUUCCAGUGGCUUGUGCAGUGACCCAUCGUGUAACCAUCUCACCCCUAGCCAGUCUUCCCAGUCUCUGUUUGUGCUGCAGCCUUUUUCCAGAGUAGAUCAUGGGGGUUCUUGGCCGCCCCAAGCCCACCAGAGGAAGGGUGUGAACUCUGAAAUGGCCCCUGGGUUAGGCCAGAGACCUGCUACACACUCAAAGUCGUUGGUUGAUAGGGGAACGGACUGACUGACUGCCCAGGGCAGCUUCUUCCUGCCUCAGGAAUUUGCAGGGCGCUGGCUUAGCGUGGCCCAGCCUGCCCUUUUCCCCUUCAUCAUGUUUCUACUGCUGCCCUUCGACAGUUUGGUCGUUAACCUGCUGGGCAUUUCCCUGACGGUCCUCUUCACUCUGCUUUUGGUCUUCAUCAUUGUGCCAGCCAUCUUCGGAGUCUCCUUCGGCAUCCGCCGUCUCUACAUGAAAACUCUCCUACAGAUCUUCCAGUGGGCAACAUUAAGAAUUGAGCGGGGCGCCAAAGAGAUGAACCACCCUGUUUAUAAGCCCUGUGUCAACGGAAUCAUUGCCAAAGAGCCCACUUCGUUGGAAGAGGAGAUCAAGGAGAACCGUAAGAGCUCCAGCAAGACCCUGGAUGCCCCCGAGUUUGAGCUGUCCGACAUCUUCUACUUCUGCCGCAAAGGUGUGGAGAGCAUUAUGGACGAUGAGGUGACCAAGCGUUUCUCCGCAGAAGAGCUGGCGUCCUGGAACCUGCUGAGCAGAACCAACUACAACUUCCACUACAUCAGUCUGCGCCUCACCAUCCUGUGGGGGUUGGGCUUCCUGGUCCGCUAUUGCUUCUUGCUGCCACUCAGGGUUGCCCUGGCUUUUACUGGUAUUAGCCUUUUGGUGUCGGGCACUACCAUGGUGGGCCUCUUACCCAAUGGAAGGCACAAAGAAUUCCUCAGCAAACAUGUGCAUCUGAUGUGCUAUCGGAUCUGUAUACGAGCUCUUACAGCUAUCAUCACCUAUCAUCACCGGGAAAAUAAGCCCCGUAACGGAGGAAUCUGCGUGGCUAACCAUACAUCACCGAUUGAUGUCAUCAUUCUGGCCAGCGAUGGCUACUAUGCAAUGCGCCGUCCGGUAAAAUGUGACAAAAGUAAACUGCCCAUCCUAAUUUUCCCUGAAGGCACGUGUAUCAACAACACUUCGGUGAUGAUGUUCAAGAAAGGGAGUUUUGAGAUUGACGCUACAGUUUAUCCUGUUGCUAUCAAGUAUGACCCUCAAUUUGGGGAUGCCUUUUUUAACAGCAGCAAAUACGGCAUGGUGAACUAUCUGCUCAGGAUGAUGACUAGCUGGGCAAUUGUCUGCAGCGUCUGGUACCUGCCUCCAAUGACCAGACAGCCUGAUGAAGAUGCCGUGCAGUUUGCCAACCGGGUGAAAUCUGCCAUUGCCAGACAGGGAGGCCUGGUGGAUCUCUUAUGGGACGGGGGCCUAAAGAGGGAAAAGGUGAAGGACACCUUCAAAGAGGAGCAGCAGAAGCUCUACAGCAAGAUGAUCGUGGGCAAUCACGAGGACCGCAGCCGCUCCUGAGCUCCCGGAGAUGGGAGUGGGGAGGGAAAUCUGUUACAGCACUGACUGCCUAAGAACAAUUUCUAGUCUCGGGACUCCUAGAUGACCUGUAACAGCAGCAGCAUCCACUUUUCAAGCUCUGCGGGGUGGGGGGUGUUUCCUAAUUCACUAGCCCCCUGUCCUGCCCUUCCCUUGUGGCCAAAGGGAGAGAGACGUCCUCCUAAUUUCUCCAGCUCAGACCCGGCAGCAGCAGCAGCAGCAGCAACCGAGGGACUUUGGCCAUCGCUGGCAAAACGCAGUGCUGGUCAUCUUUUGCGGGAAUCGGCCGAAGUCCACGGCUGUGUCCCCCAGAGGAGCGCCACGGAGAGGUGUGUGUGCGUGCUGGCGGGACCUCUGCUCCCACCGAGAGAUCCCCUCCCGCCACUCCCUGUGGGAAGCGCUUCAGAGGAGGGGCCCGACGCCUCCUUGCACCUUCCGCCCUCGGUCCCUGUCUCCCCUCUCCAAGAAAGAAAAACAAAAAACCAGAAAACCUGAAUGCAGCUGCCGCAUGGGUCCCCUCUGCAUUUUGUAUUAAAUAACGUUGAAGGAG